AUGUGUCCUGCAAGAACACGCUCAGCAUGGCCAGUCAACAUUGUUACCUGGUGGAAGCCAAGUCAACCACGCGAGAAACCACCAUAUUCUUAUGCAACCCUAAUUGCUCAUGCAAUCCUGUCAAGCAAAGACGGUCGUCUUACAUUAAGUGACAUUUACCGCUGGAUAUCAGUAUACUAUCCAUUCUUUACUCUUGGUCGCAGAGGCUGGCAGAAUUCUAUUCGUCACAAUCUAUCUUUAAACAAAAAGUGGUUUGUCAAACUCGACAGAAGACCUACCCAGGCUAAUCCUGGAAAGGGUUGUUACUGGACCCUC